CUCUAGUGCGAAACGAGCUCAGGAGAAACGGCAGAAGAGAGUAGAAAUUAUCGCCGACACCCUUCCUGUACCCGAGCGGGAGGAGCGCAUCAACCAACGGCGCGCAGCCGUCUCCAACAGCAGCAGGAGGGGAGAAUUCGCCGAGAGGGCGCAAUCUUCGGGCCGCAGUUUGACACCGCGUGGACCGAAGCGCGGGCAGAUCCCCAAGAAAGACGCCCAAGUGUCCGUAUAUCAACGGAUUCAAGAAUUCCCCAACCAGUCUCUGUACGUGAUCGACACCGGCGUCAUGGGGUGUCGCGCGUGCCAUGGCAAGAUCGUCUCACUGCACAAGGACCGAACAAAGACCCACUGCAAGGGGAAGAAGCACGUACUCAAUGUGAAGAAGCUGUUCCAAACCAAGGAAGAGGACAAAAACACGCUCCACGCGCAUGCCGAGGUGUCGGAGGAGUCAGGAGGCAUGUACGGAGACGCCCUGAGCGACGAAGCCAAGCUGACGCAGAUCAAGGCGGUGAAGGGGUGUUUGGCGGCAGGCAUCCCGCUGAACGCGAUGGACAACCCGAUUUUUCGUUCUUUCCUCAGCCACUGCAAUGUGGAUUUGCCUCACCGUGCGCACCUGGCAAAAUACGUGCCGUUCAUCCUGGCGGAGGAGGUGAGCGGAAGAAGCUCCAAGACGAGAUCGGCAACCGCCCCUACGCCAUCUGCUUCGACGCUACGCCGUGGCUUGCCGAGUGCUUUGGGUUGGGGGUCCGAUUCAUCGACUCCAGUGGAAAAGUACGUGAUGGUCGGCAAAGGGGUAUUGCCGUGUUCUCGUCUGCUCUCGCGCUCUCGCGAGAUUUGACACCAAGAAAUCAACGUAGACCCGAAGUCAAUCAGUUUGGCAUGACUCAUGAUUUCACGACGCCAACCUCAUCAAUCCUUCCUUGCCUCCCCCACCC